GCAGAAAAAGAAAGAAGAAGCAACAAAUUCAAAUCUACAUGCAAAUCCAUGUGUCAUUGAAUCAUCUGACUAGAUAAAAAUAAAUACAGUGUACAUGUUACCUGUAAUGAUGAUGCUACAGAUGGGUGGUGCUGACAGUUUUAAUAAAAGGAACCAUAAAAACUGACUCACAUCUGGAGUAAUUACACCAAACAACACAAUGGAAAACUGUUCCAGUGUCGUCACUCCACUGUUGGAGAAAUAUUACCUCUCACCAAUGUACGGUCUGGAAUCUGCCAUCGGCUUCAUCGGAAACCUAGUGGUGGUCCUAGGCUACAUCUUUUGCCUCCCUGCUUGGAAGUCCACUAACGUGUACCUGUUUAACCUGUCUGUGUCUGACCUCGUCUUCAUGUGCACUUUAGCUUGGCUGUCCUAUAACUACGCUCACAACCUGAAGAAAUUCAAUUCAUCACUAUGUGUAAUGAAUCGUUAUAUCCUCCAUGUGAACCUGUACUCCAGCAUCCUUUUCAUGAUGUGGGUAAGUGUGGACCGGUUCUUAUUGAUAUGUCACCCACAUCGACAACACAUCCUGUUGACUCUCAAGGCUGCAAUAAUCAUCAGUAUCCUGAACUGGAUCUGGGUGACUGUUCAAAUCGCUCCUCUCAUGUUCUUCAUUAUCCAGGAGUUGGAGCGAAAUGGUCGUAAGGUGUGCAGUGAUUUUGGGAGCAUGGGAGAUCCCAGAGUUACUCUGAUCUACAGCAUAGUUCUCACUAUAACUGGAUAUGUGAUUCCCCUUACAGGUUUGUUUCUAGCAUCACAAAAGAUGGUUUCUGUACUAGUGAAAAGACAGGAAGUGCUUGGGACAUCUUUCCAAAGGCCAGUAAGGAUCGUGCGGAUCGCAGCUAUCAUGUUCCUGGUGCUCUACACACCUCUCCAUGUAACGAGGAUUGUGCGUCUUGCGUCACGGCUUCCUGAAUUAAAUUUAUCACGGUGCAUUUUAGACUACAUCAACGGGGCUUACAUACUGUCGAGGCCAUUUGGAUUUGCUCACAGUGUCAUCAACCCUGUGUUUUACUUCCUCAUGACAGACAGUUUUAAAGAAGCGCUGCAGGACAAAUGGAGGAAGAUUAAAAGGAUGAUAAUGAGACCGUCAUAAACAAGUCUGACCCAGACAAAGACAGCACUGAUAAACCCAUGUCAAUUAACAUUUAACAUUUAAUUAAUGUUAUGGUUAUAAAGAUUGCUUAAGUAACAAUUUAUUGUAUAUAAAAAAUUGACUUUUGAUCAAUCUGUUUGUUUUAAUAUGAUAAUACUAUUUAUAUAUAGUUUACAGUGCAGGUCAUCUUUAAUGAAUAUACAUAUUGAUCAUCACUUUUGUUGAAUGUCUUUUGUGUUGUGAUGAUAUUUCAUAAUAUUAACUGUCUGUAAUUAAUGUAAAACAAAAUCCUGGUAUUUGGUAAAAUUUAUUCACUACUUGUUCACUGCUGUGUGUGUGCACUUUGAAUGGGUCAAAUGCAGAGAGCGAAUUCUGAGUAUGGGUCACCGUACUUAGAUGUAUAUCACAUCUUCCGCUCACUGCGCUCCUCAAAGGGUUGAGACUUGACAGGAAAUUUCAAUCUAGUGGUGGGAAGCAAUAUGAGGUCUUUAUUUCCAAGGUGAAACUGACUGUAAUGUGAGUGGAUUUUAUAGACCACCUGUUACCAUUCCUGUAACAGAUUGUCCU